CUCUCUCACACCUCCUCUUGCUUCCAUAUGCCCUGAGAACCUGUAGAUAAUCUUAGCCAGUCAUGCCCAGUAAAGCCGCAGGACUGAGAUCUCAAACGCAAAGCACUGCAGUGUGUUAACAGACAGUCUAGUGCUGUGAAAGUAUAUUGUUUAGGAAGUGGAAGUAUUGUUUAAUAAAACCAACUCGAAUGAUGAAGAGCAGAAAUCGUCCUCCAUCAUCUUCUGCUUCUUUCUGCAGUGGGGUGGCCAGAUCUGACAGCAAGAUCAGCGCCAAAGCCCUGUUCGAGCAACGCAAGAAGUACUCCAACUCAAACUUCAUCAUGCACGAAACGUCUCAGUACCACGUGCAGCAUCUGUCCACAUUUGUAAUGGACAAGACUGAGUCAAUAACCACAGUAGAUGAUGCUGUAAGGAAACUCAUCCUUCUGGAGUCUAAAGGUAAAAUCUGGACCCAAGAGAUGCUGCUGCAGGUCAGCGACAAAGCCCUCAAGCUCCUAGACUGCGACACACAGGAGGAGCUGGAGAACUUCCCUCUCUCUACAGUCCAACACAGUCAGACGGUGCUAAAUAAGACACGGUACCCAUCUGUCCUGCUGUUGGUCUGUCAGGACAACGAGCAGCACCGACCAGACAUUCACUUCUUCUAUUGCGAUGAGGUGGAGGCGGAAAUAGUGCACGCUGACAUCGAUAGUGCUUUGGGAGACAAUAAAAACGGCAAGAAGAUGAGACCUCAGACACUAAAGGCGAACCAGGAAAAAAUGAAGCGGCAUCGGGAGACGAUCAUCCCACCCUCAGAGUCGAGAGAUUUCUCCCCUGGGAUCAAAGGCCGUGUGGCAGCUAUGGACAUGCAAAAUGUUGAAAGGCGAAGUUCACUACCGCAGGACACAGAAUCCCAUGAGAAAUUAGUCCAGCGCAUUGAGAAGGAAGUGCAAAUCCUGAACUGUGCUCUGGAUGACAUUGAGAUCUUUGUGGCUCGGCUGCAAAAAGCCGCAGAAGCCUUUGCUCAGCUCAACCAGCGUAACAAGAACAGAAAAAAUAAGAAAAGAGGACCAGCAGAGGGGAUGUUAACACUAAGAGCUAAACCUCCAUCUGAGGCAGAGUUCAUUGACAGUCUCCAGAAAAUGAAGCUCUCCUUCAACCUGCUGGCCAAACUGAAGAAGCACAUUCAGAAUCCUAAUGCUUCAGAACUCAUUCACUUCCUUUUUGGACCCCUUGAGAUGGUCUUGCAGAAUUGUGGGACUCCUGACCUGCCUCGCUCAGUUAUCUCUCCUCACCUGUCUCGUGAAGCGGUGGAUUUUCUGAGAGGACACCUGACUCCUAAAGAGAUGACGCUUUUUGAACGGCUGGGGGAUGGCUGGACAAGACCCAGAGCUGAUUGGCCCAGGGAACAGUGUGCUCCUCUCUACAUCCCACAUUUCCGCAAUGGCUGGGAACCUCCAGUGGAACUGUUUCGCAUGUCACCGUGGGAAACCGAAUGCUCCGAUGCGUCCUCCAUGUCUUCAGAAGAUUUUUUUGGCUCACAGUCCUCACUGUCAUCAAAUGGGUCCUUCAAAGCAGCUUCCUCUGCCCGGAAAUAUGUCAAGGUCCUCUACAGCUUUGUGGCUCACAAUGUCAAUGAGCUCUCUGUUCUUCAGGAUGAGAUUUUAGAGGUCAUUGAGAGUAAUAAUCAGUGGUGGAAGCUGAAGAACAGGAGUGGGCAAGUGGGGUUAGUGCCGUCCAACACACUAGAGGAUCUUCACAGUGUGGACCCAAUGUACAGCCAGUCAUUUGUAGGUAGAUCUCCAUCGAGUCCUCUGGGGAGAGGAAACAGUUUUGAAAAACCAAGAACACCAUGGGAUAAAGAUUACCCCUAUCAACAGAUGGAUGAAGUGACUGAUGAGCUGCUGAAAAAGAUCACCUCCAGUAAGACCCAACCGCAAGCACGCAACUUCAGAGUGGAGCGCAACUCUGCUCCUGCCAUUCCCCUCACAUUCGAUUCAUCCCCUGCAGAAGUCACCGCCUGGCUCCAAUCCAAGUACUUUUCCAAGCCGACGGUGGACUGUUUGGGAAUUCUGAGUGGUGCUCAGUUGUUUUCCCUAAAUAAGGAAGAACUGAAGGCAGUAUGUGGACAUGAAGGCUCACGUGUCUUCAGCCAGAUCACUGUGCAAAAAUCCCAGCUAGAGACGAGCCGAGGAGACUCGGAGCUGCAGGAGAUCAUGAGGAAACAGAAGGAGAAAAUCGCCUCUGCGUCCAAAUGAUUGUGCUCUCUCUCUUUUUUUUUUUUAAUAUGAAUCAAUCAAUCAGCAAGGCAAUCUGGCUCCUGUAACAUUAAUGACUUAUAAUAACAAUAAAUGGAGAACGUGGGUGAAUUUCAGAAAUGCUUUUGACAAAGUGCACAACCCUGCGUUAUCUUUAUCUGCUAGCGUUAUCUCCUGUUAUACAUUCAUAUAAGCAAUAUGACCAUAUGCUAAGCUUGUAUACAUUUAGUUUGUCUAUUUAUUUUGUUUUUAGAUAGGCCUCUGUUUUAAUUACUUCAUAACAUUUUUUUUUUCUUUAAUGCUUGUUUAUUACGGGGAAAAUAUUAAGCUUUGCUUCUGUAUAUUAUCUGUGUAUGAGAGACAGAAUUUGUCAACACUGGAGUCCAUGUAUGUGCUUCAGUCUGCAGUGUAUGUUCCUUUCACGACACUUAAAUGCCAUUAUAAAUCUGGAUAUUUGUUUUUCAAAGGCUACUUAUUUGUAAAUGUACAGUAAAUAAUCCUUUCUGCAGAUGCAAUGUUCAAAUGCUGAUUUUUGUCAUGAAAGAAUGAUGCAGGGUUAGCAUUGACACCUCACUGCUCCAGGGGCCCAGUUUUGGUCCUGAGCUCUGUGCAGCAUUUCAGAUGUUCUUCCCAGGUUUACUCAACAUUCCACUGUUUCCUCCCACUUCCCCCCCCCAAAAAAAAAACCCAUGCCAGUAGGUUGAUUGGCUGCACUAAAUUGCCCCUAGGUGUGAAAGAGUUUUAGAAAUGUGUACGCAUGGUGUCCCGUCUAGAGUAUAUUCCCUCCUUGUGCCCAGUGUUCCUAGGAUGGGAUCCAUCCUGACCCUCAUAAGGAGGUUAAUGAAGAUGAGUGAUGAAUGUACAAUGAUGCAGGAAUAUAAUAAAUUCAGCUGACAAAUUAUAUAUAUAUAUAUAUAUAUAUAUAUAUAUAUAUAUAUAUAUAUAUAUAUAUAUAUAUAUAUAUAUAUAUAUAUUGCUUGUUUGUUUGUUUUAUAGUUUCAUUCAUGAUUUUUUUUUUUUUUUGAAGUAGUUCUGGUUCAUAGGCUGGUGUCACAAGCAAAUACUAGCUUCAUGAGGGAAAUGACGUAGUGCAAGGCAAGGUGUUGAUAUUUUCUGUGUGUACAGUAUGUAUACACAGUAAUUUCGGAUGAUUACAAAAUGGGAAUACAAUAUGGGAAAUCUGCAGAAAUGACUGUGAGUCAUUAUAUUGUCGAUGAUAAUCAAAGUUGUGGUAGUGUAUCGCAGAGAUUAUUAACGUUUACAGAUGGCAUCAUUUAUGAGAAGAGCUAAACAGCCUUUUCAAUUAGAGACCACAUGCGUACAUAAGGAGGCAGUGACGGAAUCCUCAUUCCUGGCACUCCGUAGGGGUGCAAAAUAAUCCAGUAAUAGAGAGACACUGAUUCAUUCAGAGAACCAAUUACUGUCCAUCAGUUUUAUAUUUGCUCAUGUUGCCUAUAAUAUACAUAAAUACACGUUUGACUCCUUUUAAGCAUGUUUUCUGUUUGGGGUCCAUAUUUGUUCAUGUGCAGGCAAAUAUUGGUGUUGUAAUGAAUAUUGGUGUGGUAAUGAUAUGUUUGUGGUCAUUAAACAGUGCAUUCCAUUGCCUGUCUACUUGGUGGCAAACUGGAGUGUCAAUGUA